UUCUUGAAGACAAAAUGCAAAAUAACGCGGACCCAGGUGGUCCACCAUUGAAUCUACCACCGGAUUUGACAGGACAACCAACAUCCAACUGCCCGGCCAAUUUUGAUGGCAACCCUGCUGCUCAUCCCGUGGAAAAAGAGAGGAAGGCUUUCCUCACUGCGGAGGAGGAGGAGAUCUGGGCCUCCAAUGACUUGAACACCACCCGCAAAAGCGAGCUGGUUGGCCUGUUGAAGUCCAGGACUCGGCUGCUGGAGACCAACGUCCAUCUUCAGCAGGCCCUCAAUGGCGCUGAGGACACCUGUGCCCAACUGGAGGCUUCAAACAACGAGCUAAAGACCCAGUUGAAGAGCGCACAGGUGUCCUCAAGAGCCAUUGAGGCGCUGAAGCUGGAGAUGGACGAGGUCAAGACCGCCCUCAGCCAGAGCCUGCAGGACCUCGGCAGCAGCCAGGCCAAAUACAUCCAGCUGCAACGGGAGAACAAGGUCCUUAAAGAGACUGUGGAGGCACACAACAACAAGGUGUCGGAUAUUUCAUAUCAGCGCCGGAUGGACAAAGAAACAAUGGCACUCCAAAAAACUCAAAUAAAGGCCUUGAAGGCAGAACUAAGAGGAGCAAUGCUCACCAUUGGUCAGGAUGGCCAAAUGAUAAUGGAGAGAAAUGCUCAGAUAAGAGAUCUGGAGGUGGCUGUGGAGGAGUUGAGGGCCAUCAGAGAGGUUCAGAGAGAGAAGGUCCAUGAUCUGAAGGAGGAGCUCGAGUUGGCGUUGAUUCAUGGUGGUGGUAGCACCAUGGGACAUGAUGGGUCGAUAUCAGUUGGCGCCAACCAUCUGUCGCUGGCACAGGAGCUAAUGAACAGUUCCCUGGACCUGGAGAACAGCAAGCCAAUCAACGACCAAUUAAGAACGGUUUGCCGGGAGACCAACGCCGAGACGACCACUGCCCACCUUGAGGUUCCUGCAAUGCAGAGGGCAGAAGCGAAACACAUGGAUCUCACUGCAGAGGGAUCUGGCCAGACCAAAACCAGCAGUGACCACAACAACAAUGUGCUUCAAGUGGAGAAGAGCAGCAGGCCUUUCCAGACGGCUCUAUUGGUCACCGGGGUGAUUGGAAUCGGACUUUUCACCCUGUGGAAGCUGAAAUCAUAAUGCAGCACCACCAUCCCACCCCACCCCAUCCACCA